GACACCCCACCAAGUCCAACGCUUCUCCCCUCCUUCUCUCUCCGUCCUCCCUUGUCUCGUUUCAGCGGUGCGGAGCUGUGCUUUCCCUUCCCUCUCCGCCAAUGCUAGGGGGGCUAAACCCUAGUCUUGUUGUUUUCUCUACAGGAUGAAUGUAGGUGGAUACGAUUUAAUGUUGUGCAGAAGAUUUGUGAAGUUCUGGAAUAUUGUGAAAAGAAGAUCAUGCUCCUGUGGCAUGUCUAAGAUGAAGCUGAUGACACUCUACCAUCUUGUCAAUAAUUUGAUGGGUUUGAUGUUAGUUAGCCCAUCAUGUGCUGAAUGUUAUUAAAACAUCUAUCUGUUUCCACUAUCAGCUUUCAGCUUUUGCUUGAGUAUAGAUGUGUAGACAAUAGCAUACUAUUUGCUCAAAUUUCGUGUUCUGGUGUAAGAUUCUGUACGGUAAUUGCUGAAGUUAGAACUUCUUCGUCUUCCUCUAAAAUCUGUUCAAGAGGAAGCUGUAGGUAUGGGAGCAUUUUGCUGUUGUUCAUGUUCAGAGGACUUCGAAGAAUAUGCCCAUCCAAGCAAUCCUAUGUAUAGGCACUGCAUAUGCUUAAGAUACUUCUUUCAUCAGCUGUUCAGUGGGUAUAGCGCGAUGUUUCAAAGAUUGGAGGUGCAGACCGUUGCUUCCUCUGUUCCAGCAGUAACUCCAUUAACAUCAACAGGCAUUGGAACCACUUCAGCUGACAGUUCAUUGUCUGAGACCUACCACCUUGUCCCUCAACCUCCACCUUAUGAUACAGAUCCUAGAUUUUCUCGUUUGCAACAUGAUGGGUUGGUCGCUAGGAGGGACAAGUCUAUGAGCCACUUACAGGAAGAGUCACAGACCCAUCGAAGAAAUGAAAGUAGCUCUGCAAUGGAACAUUUAGGUUCUGUUAAAAAACAGAACAGUGCAGAAACUGAAGAAGAAAAACCUAGCCAGUCUGAAUCAGAGCAAAAUCUAUUUGGAAAAGCUUAUAGUACCAGCUAUGUGAUAGCAGUCUCAGAAGAUGAAGAUGUUUGCCCGACAUGUCUUGAUGAGUAUACUCCUGAAAAUCCAAAAAUUGUGACAAAAUGCUCUCAUCAUUUUCAUCUGAGCUGUAUAUAUGAAUGGAUGGAAAGAAGUGAUAGCUGUCCAAUUUGUGGCAAGGUGAUGCAAUUCUGCGAGAGUCCAUGAUCUAAUUUAUUUAUUCUCUACAUUUGGGUAGAGAAAUACCAGAGCAUGUAGUGUUGGAGGGAACGUUUGUAAAUAAAAGUUCUGCAGCUCCAGCAGAGAGCUAUCUAUCAAGAGAGCAGAGUUCUCAAAUAUACCAACAUGUCCAUAAGUAAAAAUUCUCCAGCACAUUGCUUAACAACUGUUUUUUGAUGCUACUGUUUUACCUUGUAUUACAUACCAUAAGCUGAAAGUUUUGAUACAUAUAGGACUGUCUCUGAUAAUAAAAGCAGUGUUGCAAAACCUUGUGCCUUUGCUUUUGAUUUUUCUUUUCUCCCAAAUUUUUGUUAAAUGAGGAUUUUGGAUAAAAGAAAUCAGAUAUUAGAGAAGUUUGAUUAAGCAAGAACUAGAUAAUGUUAAAUGCAAUUUGUAGAUGUCUGUUUCUUGGCAUAUUCCUAUUCUGUUUCUUAUUUCAUUUUCAUUGCUUGUAAGAUCAUGAUUCUUGAACAACAGGUUUUAGAACAUUGAUUCCACUUGGAAAUUAAUUAGUCAGGUCCCUGUAGGGCUGGAUGGAUGGUCAGCAAGUAGUCUAAUUGGAUUUCCUAGCAAGUUCUUCCAUGUCCAAAGCAGGGAUCCAUCUUCAUGAUUAAAAAAUUGAACCUUUGGAAGAAACCUAGCAACAAAUAAUGCCUUCUAAGUAUAUCUUUGAAGUUUGUGAAAUUUUAAUCAAAUUUCCAUCAGGUGGCAGCAAUUUUAUUAAAAAUAUUGCUCUCGGGGACCGGUGGUUACCCUGAUUCGGUGCUUGCCUAGAUGUUGUUGUCGGUCCUGUUGUCAUGGAUGCCAUUAAGCAUCACAUUCAUGUCACAUAUAAUUAGGUGUCAGCUUUUCUAGCAUGCACUUUAUAGGAAUGAUGUGGAUGUGAAUUUGUGAAGCUGUUUAUCCUAACAGUUGCUGCUUGAUUUUGAUUCAGAUAUCCAAGUGCCUAUGACUCAUUACCAAGUUCAAAUGGUGUUCCAACUUUGAUUUGUUAUCAGUUUUCAAAUUGUGUGGUUAUGGUUUUUUACCAAAAAAAAUUGUGUGGUUAUGGUUACAGUUGCUUCUAUGUUUUGAUCCAGAUCCAAUCAUUCAUGGUCUUAGCUGUUUUAAGUUGUAAUAUAAAUAGACAUGCUCCUGCGUCCUUGUUACAACUUCCAGUUCAUCUUUUGUUGUCACCAACUUGCCAUUGAGUCAGACUGAUGGAAAAAGGGUGAGACUCUAGUUUUCGUUCUAUACAUUUUAUUUUUAUACUCUGCUUAGAUAUAUAUAAUCGGUAACUAUAGAAUCAUCAUAAUAUCAUCUCCAUUAUAAAAACAUAAAAAAGAAGAAGCAUAUAUUUAGUAUUUUAGUUGCGUCUUCAAAUUCGAUAAAGAUGCAUGUCAGGCAAGAGGGGUUAAAUUUUUUGAAUCAUUCACCAUGAAGAGGCAAACAAGUUGGUCCGCAAUGGCUUUUUCUUUUUGGUCCUGGGUGAUUAAUAACCUUUUGAAGGGAAAUCAAAGUAGAAAUAGAAUGCAAGUAAUUGUUUGAAGUAGAAAUCAGAGCAAAUACUUGGAGAAAUACCUGCAUUUGGAAUCUAAAACCUUAUUCAUUUGGUGGAGGGAGGCGUCUGUUAUAUUUGUCUGACAAAAUGACUGAAUGAAUGGUGGUAUCUUACACAUCCAGCUGGUCUCGACCUUGAAAAG